CUCCACCUGCAAAAUUAAUGAACAGCGUUACUCUGUUUCUCUUCCUCUUCCUCUUCCUCCUUAUUAAUAAACACUCUGAAAGCUACUCAUCAAACACGAUUAAAGAGAGAGAGAGAAGAAAAAGAAUAGAUCCAGCAUCCAUGACCAGUUGCUUUCUCAUCUUCAUCUUCAACCAAACCAGAUCAGAUCACUUUCAUUUUAGCAUCUAGUGGUCGGUCGGAGAGAAGAAAACCCCCCCUUAGAGAUGGGAAAACCUGGUAAGUGGAUAAGAAACUUGUUGACCGGAAAAAAAGACAAAGAAAAACAGAAGAACAAUGCAUCAAAUCAUCACCAUCUUUCUGACACACCAAUAUCAACUCCCCUCACACCCCCACCAACCACUCCAAAAGAAAAACGCCGGUGGAGUUUCCGGCGAUCAUCCGCCGGAACACCCACCAAAGACAACAACCCACCUUCUAACAAUGCCCAAGAUCAUCACCACGCACUGCCGGUUGCCGCCGCCGCCGACGCUUCUGUCGCUGCACUCGCCGUGAUCCGACUCACUGGUGUCAGAUCUAAUCAAAUGGAGCAACUUUACGCUGUAAAAAUCCAAUCUUUCUUCCGUGGUUACUUGGCUAGAAAGGCGUUAAGUGCAUUGAAAGGUUUGGUGAAAUUACAAGCUUUAGUCAGAGGUCAUCUUGUCAGAAAACAAGCCACUGCCACCCUUCGCUGCAUGCAGGCUUUAGUCACAGCUCAAAACAGAGCUCGUGCUCAAAGACUAAUUCGUAUCUCCGAUGGGGGCAGGAUCAGACAAACUUAUCAAGAAAUAGACAGAGGAAUUGAAGAAAACAUCAAGAUUGUUGAAAUGGAUCUAGGCGAAUCAAGAACAACAACAACAACAAGAAAUCGAAACAGCUGCUAUUCAAUUCCAAACUACCCACAAACAGAUCAUCACAGAUUCUCAACUCAUUCAGUCCCAAACCGUCCUUCAUCAAGACAACAAGACCAUCGUGACGUAUCUCCGGCACCAUCUGCCUUGACUGACGUAAGCCCUAGAGCAUACAGCGGCCAUUUCGAAGAUUACUCCGCCCUAAGCAGCCCACAAUGCUAUUCCACCGUCAUGUCAAAACAAGAACAAGAAUUAUACGCAGAAUCACUUCCAUACGAUUACGAAUACCCAUUUUUCCCAAAUUACAUGGCAAAUACAGAAUCGUCGAGGGCUAAAGCUAGAUCUCAAAGCGCACCCAAAUCAAGGCCACCGGAGCCAUUUGAAAAACAACCCACUAAACGGAGACCUUCCAUUGAAGGAAGGAAUGUUCCUAGGGCGGUUAGGAUGCAAAGGUCGUCUUCCCAUGUUGGAGCUACGGCACAGAAUUAUCAAUAUCCAUGGUCUAUUAAGCUUGAUAGAUCUUCGGUUUCUUUGAAGGAUAGUGAAUGUGGAUCGACUAGUACGAUUUUGACGAAUCCUCAUUAUGCACGAUCUCUUGUUGGAUUUGAAUCGGUUAAGAUGAGAUAUUGAUGAAAAAUGGAGUUAAUUCAUAACUAAUAAUCUUGGGUUUUUAGUUUGAGGAAGCAUAAAUUUAUCUAAAUGGUGUGUGUGUAUUGUUCUUGUUUUUUACUUCUGGGUUUGUUUGUUUUUUUGUUGAAUUUGUUCAUACGGAUUUGUGAACUAAUUGUGACGUUUUCUAUAGAAAGCUUCAAGAUGGGCAUUAAUGGCGAUGUUGUUUAUUUAAAUCUCUUGUUUUUAUAACUUA